GCCAGCCCCCGGCCCCGCUCGCCCCCGCGCUCCACCGCCCGCCUUCCGCGCCCGCCGAGAAAGACAGGACGGACGCCAGUGUGAGCAUGGCUGUGACUUUGGAAGAGGCUCCGUGGCUGGGCUGGAUCCUGGUGAAAGCCUUGAUGAGAUUUGCCUUCAUGGUCGCCAACAACCUGGUUGCUAUUUCAUCCUACAUCUGCUAUGUAAUUAUACUUCAGCCCCUUCGACUGCUGGACAGUAAGCGGUUCUGGUAUAUUGAAGGAAUCAUGUAUAAAUGGCUUUUAGGAAUGGUGGCUUCCUGGGGAUGGUAUGCUGGAUAUACAGUGAUGGAAUGGGGGGACGAUAUUAAAGCAGUUUCACAAGAUGAAGCAAUAAUGUUGGUCAAUCAUCAGGCAACAGGAGAUGUAUGCACUCUGAUGAUGUGCCUCCAGGACAAAGGACUGGUUGUUGCUCAAAUGAUGUGGUUGAUGGAUCAUAUUUUUAAGUACACAAACUUUGGAAUUGUUUCUCUAAUUCACGGAGACUUCUUUAUAAGACAGGGAAAAUCUCAUCGUGACCAGCAGCUUCUUCUUCUCAAAAAGCACCUAGAAGAGAAUUAUAGGAACAGAGAUCGAAAAUGGAUUGUUUUGUUUCCAGAAGGGGGCUUCCUCAGGAAGAGGCGAGAAACAAGUCAAGCAUUUGCCAAAAAAAAUAACUUGCCAUUUCUUACACAUGUCACUCUGCCAAGGAUUGGAGCAACAAACAUUAUCUUGAGCGCACUUGUCGCACGACAGGAAAAUGGAAGUCCCGCAGGAGGAGAUGCUAAAGAAUUAGAGAGCAAAUCAAAAGGCCUCCAGUGGAUGAUAGAUACAACUAUAGCUUAUCCCAAAGCUGAACCCAUAGAUAUUCAAACCUGGAUCCUUGGGUAUAGGAAACCAACAGUCACACAUGUACAUUACAGGAUCUUUCCAAUCAAAGAUGUACCCCUGGAGACGGAUGGCCUUGCUGAUUGGCUCUAUCAACGUUUUGUUGAAAAAGAGGCGCUCUUAUCACAUUUUUAUGAAACAGGGGCUUUUCCACCACCCAAGGGCCAUAAGGAAGCUGUUUCCAGGGAGAUGACCCUCAGCAAUAUGUGGAUAUUUCUCAUACAGUCUUUUGCAUUUUUGUCAGGCUAUAUGUGGUAUAACAUCAUCCAGUAUUUUUACCAUUGCCUGUUUUAGGAAUUGACUUGGACUUGUCAAGGUCACCAUAGGAGUUCAGACUUUCAUAAGUGUGCAUUAUUUUACAUGUGCAAAUCAGAAUAUAAAAAAAAGCAAAGGAAAUUCAAUGGAUGGAUUAUUUAUCCCCCUUUGGGAUAUCUUAAAACUCCACUAAAAUGAAGAUCAGUAAUAUAAUGACCUGCUAAUAUGUUUUAAGGACCUUUCACGUUUUAAAAAGAUACACUCUACCACACACUUAAGCAAACAUCACAUUCGGAGAAGAGGAAGUCAUAAAAUCAUCCUAGAAGACUAUCCGAGAGAAAUUCUGUUGCCACCAGAUAUACUUGGUAAUCUAGUUCAAGCUCAGAGAGUUGGACUCCGUUCCUCUUAGCUAGUAUACUGUCUCGAGUAGGAUAGAGCUGUAGAGCACACUCAUUCCCACCAACUCUUGCUGUGUCACUAGGAGCCCGAGGGGAGCUGUGCGGCACCCUCAAGGACAGUUCCCCUGUGGUUCGCAGUGACACUCCAGUGUCAAGCACACCCAUGGGGGAGAAGCAGUGUCCACUGGACAUGUUCCGGUACUAGAGUUCCUAAAAAAGGCUAGCUCAGUCCAACAUCGUGUUUACAUGUGCUAGUGCUUUCCCUUAAAUGGGGGGGGGUGUCACUUGAUAUCUCUCUAUAUAUAGAGGCAUAUCAUAGAUUGAUAAUUGUCUUCUACCAAAUGCACUUUUAUCAGAUACAUAUAUAGCAAAGGAUUAGUAAUAUAGCCUGAAAACAAAUGUAAGCAUAAUCAGUGAGUGGGAUUCUUGAGAGGCUGUCUCGUCUCUGCGUGUGUCCCUGGGCGCCCCCCCUGCCCAGAGCCCCACACCCACCGGAGGCUUCUGUCCAGCUCAGAGGCUUUGUUCCGCCCAUUUUGGCUUUUAGCGCCAAAAGUAUUUGGGAGUGGCUGGAACAAAUUAAUGUAAAACAUUUAAAUGAUCAGUUUGAGGUGAGAUAGGGGUUUUAUUAGAAAAAUAAGAGCUAGAGCCAGACAAAGGCUUAAAAUGUGAUAAGUUCUCACAUGGCACCCCCAAACCUAUGUUCCAUCAUCACCUCGAGUUGCUGCCCCUGUCAGGGUGGUGUAACCGGGAGACGGACCCACACAAAAGGCUUCCCAAUCUCUUACAAUUGCUUUUAAAGAGGAUAAAGUCACGUUUCUAUUUCUAGAGAACACUUUUUUCCUCCACUCUCUGUUCAUGUGAUUUACCUCACAGUAGAACCGACUCUCCUCAGAAAGUGCUGGGACUGCAUCUGUCCCUCACCUGCCCUCCCAGUGUUGAGACAGAGUUGGUGUUUUGCUUUGGGAUUGUAAGACUCUGAAGAUCCUAGUAAGUCAGUGGCAGUUUUCUGUGAUAAUGACCGUUGUAGAUGCCCCUGUUGUCACUAGUCCUACAAAUGGAAAUUUUGAGAAGUAGGCCAGAAAAUAAAAAUAAAGGCUAAUGUUUUCUAUUUUUAAAUAAACCAAAAAAAAGAAAAAGAAAAAGAAACUGAAAAGAUGUGAAUUUUCUCCCAGUUAUGUGGGAAAGGUAAAGCAACACCAAAUACAAGCCCACAGCAGCUUCAUCUCCAGGUUAAUUCCAUGCACAUAGGAAAGAGAAUAAUGUGUUAAUGAAAUACCUCAUUGCAUAUUAUGCUGCUACUGGUAAAAUGCAGAAGCCAGUGCUAAUGUGUGUGCUUUGGUUGGGGUCGUCGCAAGAUGCAAUUUUUUUUGAAAUCUAAGCAUUUUGUUGGGUGUUUUACAGUGACAGUGAGUAGGUGAAACCAAUCUUGAUUAAGAGGCACGGAUGAUGAUAGGAAGCCAGAUAGAAGCUUAACAAUGCUUCUGUUUGAGGUCCAGCAAACGCUGCUAGAUUACAGGCUGAAUUGAAAUUGUUCAUUUGAGAGAUUAGUCAGCCAUCUGGGAGAGAAGGUGCUCACUGUCAAAUAUGAUAUGCACAGUCCUAGCUAAAUAGGCCUUUUCCUUAUUGCUAAAGCAAGCCACGGGUAGGAGUGGCCAGUUCUCCUAUCAAAAAGAAAAAAGAGAGAGGCAUCCAUGCAUACAUAAAUGCGGUUCAGAGCCACUUUUGCCAUCACUGUGCUCCAAAGGAAUGUGAUAUUGUUAAAAUACUGUACACGUUAAACCAUCUAUUCUGUAAGACGCUUUACUUUUCAAGCACAGAGUCACUUCAACAGUCUGUAGAGUGACAAAUACCAAUAGAUACGUGAGUUCACUUUUGAAAACAGAGCUGUGAGUUGUAAAUAGAUGUGUCACUGAUCUUCGUGCCCCCUUCCGAUUAUUUAAUCAAUGUGUUCUCUUUCUGGCUUGUUUGAGAGCAUCAGUAGCACUCUCCUUACUAGUAACUGGAGGUCGGCGGCUUGCACUAGGCAAGGUGGAGAGAGAAUCAGUGUUCUAUGGCAAAUCAGGGAAGCAGCAAUAUGCCACUGUACAGAAGUGAAUAAAAAUUCCAAAUUUGUACUUUCUUUGCAAAGUGAGAUGAAAGGAGGUUUAGGGAAUACACAUUUUGUUAAGGGGGAGGAAAAUAAAACCGUGCCAGUUUUAUACCAGUAGCUUGUAGAAUCUCAGCACUUCUUGGUUUCAGCUGACCUGCCUAGAUUCCUACAGCAGAGAGGGUUGAGAACUCCCUGCUGGAUCCUCGUCCCAACACGUCACAGUGAUGGAGCACCCGCUGGGCUAUGGGCCCGGGGCAGGUGCAGUGCAUACGGAAGUGACUACACCGGCAGUUCACUCUUCACGUGAGACACUGUCGUUGGGGUUGAAAUACAGAUAUGAUGGAGAAACCUACACACCGUGGAAGGUAAAGAAAAAUGACAGAAUGGAAAAUGACGUUUCAGGUAGGCAAAGAAGCUAGUUGAGAAUCUAAAUAGCUUUUUUAAAAACGAUAGCUCUGAGUUCAGAUCUGUCAUAUUAUUAUACAAUCAACCAUUAAUUUCCCACAGUGAAGGAACUAAGGAUUGCUGGAAAAUUAAUCCAGUGAUAAGUCAUAGUUAGCCAAAAAUCUAAUGUGUAUUUAUGACUUUGAGGGGUUUUUUUUAUCAGACUUUUUUGUUCUUCUAGGGAUGCUUGCUAAUUUUAAAACAAUGAAUUCAAUUGUUUAUUAGUUUCUCUUGCUUAUAUAUUUAUGACUGUGUUAAUGAGUAGUAAAAAGAUUUGGGAAGACAGCUUCAGAAAAAGGGAACACAAAAGCCUAAAUAGUCCAUGGGCUAGGAAAGGAAUCCCUGAAUAAUCAAGAGUUGGCGGUAUUGCAAUGAUACUCAAGCCUUUAAUGAAAAUGAGAUGUGAAAUCACCCAAUACAAACCUCAGAACAUCAUUCUCGUGUUAAUAUCGUGUGGAUUGAUGUUAGGAAUGCCUCUUCAUUCUUUGUUCAUGUUACUCACUUCUUGUGGAUUUGUCUUUAGUGAUGUUUUGACAAUCACUUCCCUAAAGACUCUUCUGAACUAGCGGGAUCUGGUUAUAAUCAGAGAUAGCAGUCUUUAAUCAUGGACAGUCUUAUUGGAUUCUUUUGAUAUUUAAGGAAAUUUUAUUUGCACUGCCAAAUAGGAAGAGUUAGUUAUUUUCUUCAUUACACAGGAUUUCACUCCAGAGUUACCAUCACGAGCAGGUCCGCUCUGGUCCACAAGGAUGAAUAAAACUGAUUAGUCUUAUUUUUUUUGCCACGUAGUGCUGUGAACCUUAUGUCUGUUCACAUGAAAGGCCAAGUCCAAAGCAGCAAGUAUACUGGUUUAUUGUAUGAGGGGGUGGAGACUAAUAUGUUUGGGACCAAAACCACCUACAUUGGACAUUUCGAGAUCACAGAGGGGCCGGGGGCUCUCUGGAGCAGUCGCUGGUUAGUGCUUUAUUGCAGUCAUUUUGCAUUGAUCCUCAACAGUUAGGAACUGGACCCUGGGAAUCAGCUGAGGGUGCUGGACUGCUGGAGAGGGGGACUGUAGCCAUAUGGAAGAUAAAAUAGGGGGUUUUCUGCAAAAUUUCCAUUGGAGGAUUUUUACAUUUAAUAUUUUUUAAAACAGUUGAAAGAGCAAAGAAAUUUUAAGUAUAUUCUAGUUGCAAAGUAUGCACACAUAUUUUGAAUGGCUUUAUUUUUAUUGUGUAGAACUGUUGAACACAGGACUGAUGCACAAGCUCUUUACAUGUGAGGGGGCUGCAUUUUACAGUAACUUAUCUCAUGAUUGGGUAAUGAAACAGUUACACAUGGACCUGCCAUUGUUGCAUUAAGUGCUUCGUUUUCUUUACAGUUAUUACAAAGUUGUAUUUAUUUUAUACAGAUGGGUUUUAAUUUUCCUGAUGCCAUAUGUUUACUUCAGCUUGUUGACCUGUUUUUCUUUCUUUGUUAUCUGCAUGUUGUAAUGUAUGCUCAGAAUGAAUGUAAAGGCUGUGGCAACUGUCAUUAAUUUUUGUAAAGGGCUGGUCACACGUGGAUCUGGUUUAUGAAUGCAUAUGGGAUUAUUUUUAGUAACCAGAUCACCUUUUCAGAAAUUUAGAUGUGAACACCAAAAGAAGCAUUUUCUCAACAACAACAACAACAACAACAAAAAAUGAAUAGCUGGUUCUAUUUUUUUUUUUAACCUAGAAAAAAUAAAGUUGAUUUUUUUCAAGCAAAGUGCUUUUACUUCUUAGUGGUGGGGAUGGGGUGUUUGUGUGUUUCUGGAGAUAUUUUGGCAUGAACAUCUGUGGACAUGUACUUGGAGCACACCACAGCAGGUGGAUGCUGGGGGCAAACUGAAAAGCCAAAUGAAAGAACAUUGUACUUCCUUCUUUGGUUUUAAACCCUUUCCUCUGCUCCUUCCCCACUCUCCCCCAUGGUAUGGUGGAGAUACUGGUAUACUGGUGGUAUACUGGUAAAUGUUCAACAGACCGCUCUCCUGGAAAAAAAAAAAUGUGUUCAAAUGUACAUAGGUUUGCUAUAAAUUUUCCUGAUAGCAAGAAUAUAGAACACAAUUUUAAUACAUAAUAAUAAAAUAUACUUUAUUUUACAUUCCAUAUGGCCAAGUGAUUCUCCCAGGAUGCUUUAAUUGAUUUUGCUGAACUCUUGUAGUCAACCUAUGAUUUGAAAAAUGGAAUAACAUCCUAAUUCACCUAUUUCUCAAAAUUCAUUGUCACUCAAUCUGAUAUGUGAUCUACUGGUAAACUAUUUCCUACCCUUGUACAAAUUGUACUCAUUAAAGUAAACCACUUGGAGCUUCAGCGCUAAUUAUAAGCUUAUAUAAUUUAGUAACAGCUGUUUAAUAAGUGCUGGCAAAAUUCUAAAAUGUAACCAUCGGCUCUAGGGUCAGGAGCCAGUCAGAGCGAUCUCUAGCCUACCACUGCCCUGUCUUCUCUGUUUCACUGUUAGGACUGAAUAAAUUCCUUACAGUUAAGCUACUCACUGCUCUCAGGAAAUUCCUAAGACCCUUGCAAGGGCUUCAAAAGGUGGGAAAGCAUUAACACCUGUCCUACAGAGCACGCUUUUGAUUUGAAGAAUUUGACAAAAGCAAACUUUCCCCGAAGUGCAUGGGAACCUUGCCUGUUUCUAAAGCUGGUUCUGUGCUUUGGGGUCUCAAAGCAAAGUAGACUUUUAUAUGAGCCUCUCUGAGAUUUUGUUUUGGGCAUUUAAAACAUUUAUUGUUUAGAUUGUAGAAUAUGUUUGAUCCCACUGAAAAAAUUUAAAUGUAUUAAAAUAUACAGUCUACCAAGUAAGUUAAAGCGUUACAGUUCAGUCUACCUCUUCUUCUUGUGUUUGGAUUCAGGCUGCUGUUUUGAGUUGAGGUUGUCAUUUUUCCCCCAGAAGUUGUUUCUGUCCAAGAUGAACAAAUUGGGGGCAGAAGACUGAAGGCAUAUUUGAAGCUCUCAGAGAUCUCUCGCUGACCAGUCCUAUUUCUCAUGAGUUGGGGGAAAGAAGCCAUUGUUUUAAAUCUCCACUUAAUAAGAAAAUGUUUGUUUUUAAAAUGUUUCUUCCUGCUGGGAAAAAAAUGUAUUUUUAAAAGGAAAACAAUCCUCUUUUUGGCUAUAAGAAAAAAUCAGCUAUAUGAGCAGGUGUGACCAUAUCAUAACAUGCUGAUACAUAAAUCAAUAAAGUUUUACCUCUCA